UCUCGCAACACCAGCUCGCGGGAGCCUCCACCGCUUGACCAGAAGCAUGAAGUCAACUCUGCGGCUACUUCUGGCCUUGGGGCUCUUCACUACCCUUAUUCAAUCGAAAGCUGUUUCUGGAGGUACUGUCACAGAUCAAGAUGAGCAUAAAGGUGAUUGUGUGGUCGUCACUUGUGGAAAACAUGCUACACAGAUGAACUGUGGGACAAAUCCCUGCGAAUGCAUAUCUGGAUUCCAUUUUGAAGACAGAAUGACGAAAACGUUCAGGAAUGAAACAGAAAAUAACUGCACGGACAUUGAUGAGUGCAAGCAAAAUGCUUCCAUCUGUGAACCCAAUGGAAGUUGUAUCAACACCAAAGGGGAUUACUAUUGUGCAUGCAAGCCAGGAUUUGCGAAGAGUGGAAAAAAUGAUAAAAAGCUAUGUAGAGAUAUUAAUGAAUGUUUGACCCCCAACCGUUGUGACAAAAGUGCUAAUUGCACCAACUUCAUGGGGAGCUACAGUUGUCAAUGUCAAGAAACGCAUUUCCCUUAUACAGAUGGUGUCCAUGGGGGUGAAAAUACAACAAAAUGCAAAGCACUGAAUUGUCCAGUGCCUUCAAGUGUUGACUGUUCAGAUGGACAGGCACUCCUCUGCAAGUUUAAGACACAACUGGGAAGUCUCUGCAAUGUAACACUUGGAAAAAAGAAGCUGAUGGACCCAAAGGAACAUUUGCAGAAACUGAUGGAUCUACUGGAUGAUGUAGUGUGUCAAGUGAAUUCUGAGAGCAAGAGCAAGGAGCAAAAGCUCCGCAUAGCCACUGAGAUUAUGGCAGUGGUGGAAUCCUUCCUCAGGGAUCUGGCACUUGUCCUACCAAAUAGCAUCAACAGCUUCGGGUCCAGCAAAAGCACAGAGCUGGCCAUAGAGAGAAGGACCAAGGGGAGCCAGAACCCAGCCCGGCUGUCGCAUGAGGAAACACAGAUGGUGCUAGACUGGAAAGCGGCAAGCGGAGAAGGAGAAGCCUUCAGCCUGAUUGGCCUGCUCUCAUACCGCAGCCUAGGACUCAUCCUGACUGAGGCUGAUGUUAAAGGGAAAGAAUGGGAGGAAGUUGGAAAGUCACCAGAAUGGGCAGAGGUGCCAGGCAAGCGCAACUACAAGGUGCUGACCAGGGUGACAUCUGCUUUUGUAAACCACAACGAAACCACGUCUUUGAACAUCCCUGUCACUUUCAACUUCCGUCACGAAGAACUAGACUCAAAGCCUGACCAGAAGGUGAUUUGUGCCUUCUGGGAGCCGGUCAACGGCAGUGGGCGCUGGUCCGACCGAGGCUGCAGACGCCUGAAUGCCAGCAAUGCCACCCACACACACUGCCAGUGCAGCCACAUGACCAGUUUUGCUGUGCUCAUGGCCUUCUACGAUGUGGAGGACCGAGCCUUGACGAUCAUCACCAAGGUUGGGCUGGUUGUGUCUCUGAUCUGCCUGUUCUUCUCCAUCCUCACCUUCCUGUUUUGUCGAGCCAUCCGAGGCAUCCGCACCACUAUCCACCUCCACCUUUGCCUGGCACUCUUUGCUGGCCACGUCACCUUCCUGAUGGGCGCCGGAAACACCAGCAACACGGUAGCAUGUGCCGUCGUGGCUGGACUGCUGCAUUACUUCUUCUUGUCCGUCUUCUGCUGGAUGAUGCUGGAAGGUGUGGAACUCUACUUGAUGGUGGUUCAGGUCUUCAAAACACACAGCCUCAGGCACUGGCACAUCUUCCUUGUGGGCUAUGGACUACCGGCCAUUGUGGUGGGCAUCUCAGCCGCCAUAAAUAGCAAGGGCUAUGGCAGCAAAAACUGCUGGCUUUCAAAGGAUCGUGGGUUCCUAUGGAGCUUCUUGGCACCUGUCUCCUUCAUCAUUGUGGUCAACGCCAUUGUCUUUGUGAUUACUGUCUGGAGGCUUUCUGAGAAGUUUUCUGACAUCAAUCCUGACAUGAGUAAAUUGAAGAAGCAGAGGGUGCUCACUAUCACAGCCAUUGCGCAGCUCUGUAUUUUGGGUACCACCUGGGUCUUCGGUUUGUUUCAGUUCUCUGAACACACCCUGGUCAUGUCCUACCUCUUCACCAUCUCCAACAGCCUGCAGGGGCUCUUCAUCUUCCUCCUGCAUUGUGUGCUCAAGAAACAGGUGCGUGAUGACUACUAUCGCUGGUUCUGCAAGGGCAAGCUUGACAAGAACCAUAGUAGUGACAAGUAUACAGACUUCAGUUCCACCGCAGGUUCCAACACAUUACGGGCAAACAAGUCUUUUAAAAAAUCUGAAAUAUAGCAGCCCUUUGCAGAAGUAAGUUCCAGAAGUGCUACCUUGCACAUGACAAAACACUUCCUGUUAUUCUGGCGGCCUUCUCUAGAAGAGGUACCUGCUGAUACACGCCUACUGCAACAAGGACAACAGACCUUCCAGAACCUGUGUAGAGACCUACCUAGCAGGUUCAAGUACUGGACCAAUGUUGCUAAGCAGAUGUUGGCACAGUCUCUUCAGCAAGGGGCCUCUUUCCCCUUCAUGCUAAGGUUCUUUCUCAAAGAGAUGGAGUAAGUCUAUAAAGAGGUACUUGCACUCAUGACACUUUGGACAUUGGUUGGCCCUAGCAGAGUGUAUGCUGCCAUGGGCCUAGCUGUUUGCGCAUCAGUAGGUGAUCAUCAGAAAUCUAAGUGAACCUUGGUGAAGACCUCCUUUCCAUCCAUUCCAUGCUCUUUUAUGUACUGAUCUGCUUGUUGAUAGCCAGUUUGCUAGCUGCAGCAGGAAGUGUUGAGAACUGUUCAGUCAGCGUCUAGCCUGCUUGUACUUGCUCUGAGCCAUGAGCCUAGGCUAGACUGUAGAAAAAACCAGUCCAGCUAGAGCUCUGGAAAAGGUACUCUGUGCAAAGCCUGCCCAGGAGCUGGAAUAUGGGGCUCAAGGCUUUGACACAGAACUUCACUUAACUAUUCUGCUUGUGCCUACCUGUCCUACUUGACUUCCUUUGUACAAAGGUUAACAAAAAGUUGAGGUCUAAUAUUCAGUGAGAUAAACAUUGGUCUAGAGUCUAUACUAAUUUAGGCUGCAAUGAUUGAAUAUAAAAAUUUACUUAGAGAUCUGGAAAACUAGCAUGCCACAGCCAAGGCGAAACGAAAACCUUUCUUCUAGCCAUCUAGUUUUCUAGGUACAUGGAUUUAUUUUCUAUAGAGAAAUAUUCAAGCAGGCUUCAGUUACAGUCUGUAUCAUACAGGUUUACCACCAGGAUUCAGACAGACAGCAGAGUAGCCCUAGGUAAGCUACAAAGCAAUAUUGCUGCCUAAGUCUUGUUUGCAUUGCCCAGAGGUUUUGUGGUUCUGCUUUUCAUAUACCAAGGAAACUGGAGUGUUCUCAGAAUUCAAUUUCAAUUCAGGAAGGGGAUCCAGCACUGUGACAUCUCAUGGUUGGUUCGUACUUGAUAGAGCUAAUUUGUGUAGGAGCACAAAAUUACACGAAUGCUGUAUCAGUUGUGUAGAGAGCCUAGCUGAAUUAUGCAUAUCGUUUCUCUGAACUACUCAGAAAUGGUAACCUGAAGCUUUUCUGGUCACCACUUCCAGUAAUUUAAAGAGCACAUGCCUAACAUACAAGUGUGUUCUUCAGCCUGACAAAAGCACUUUUGCUAGGUACCCAUUCCUGAGCUGAAAAAAUAUCAACUGCCUCUCCAGUUGCCUUGGACAAGGGAAUAAUCCAAACCACAGACCAACAGCACAAGUAGCAUCAUGUCAGUCAUAUGAUAAGCACCCUACUGCUAUUCCAGAAAAAGGUUCCAUAUUUCUUUGCCUUGGUGGGUUUCUUUAGUUCUACCCCCAGGAGUUCUGUCUAGUGGCAGCAAGAUACAAGGGGAAAGAUACAGUACGCCACAAGCAGUGUAAUUUGUCAAGAAGCAGGGAGCCUCUUACACGAAGACAAAAUGAUAGCAGCACUUAUAGAAUAGCAGGAAUAAGAGAGAAUGUUUUGAACAGUUACUGAAGUUAUUGAACAGAUUCAUAGUGGCACUUGACAUCAAAUACUGAAACUUUAUAGUUUCCUAUUUAGACUAAUUUAUUUAAAAUUGUUACCAGUUUUGCCAAAUUCUUCCUGUUUUUGAGCCAAAAAGCUUGGCUAUGUAUACUGCAAUUCCGGAUGCACUUUACUCCUAGAAUUCUCGCACUAGGUAACUCAUGCAGUCAACACACAAAUCUUGAGAUUAAUGUUUUUGAAACGAUUAAAUGCUAGCUGAGGGGAGAGAAGUAGUUGUAUAGCAACAUUUAACUUUGUGUUCCAAAAUCUGACCCCAUCCACCAAAUAUGUUUCUCCUAGCCUUCAAACCUAGUCUUGCAGACACUUGAGUUUUGUAUUUCAGCCUGUGAAUUUGCACUUGGAGCAGGGGAAAUAAUGGAUUCAACAUAUAUAAAAUGAUAUCCCUGGUGCUGUAUAACUUCUCAUACUAUCUUGCCAUGAAUUUGCCACCCAAGAGCGCCUUUGGGUAAACAGAUAUGGAGUUUAGCCAGGCAUCUUUGCACAAAAAAGCCUUUGUUCUCCUUGAACUACCCACGCCUUAUUUGAAGCACUUGUGUCUCAACCACUUUUCCUAACAUGUACAUUUAAUUAAAACGGUAUUU